AUGACCAUGGCCGGGGGCAGGAGAGGACUGGUGGCCCCGCAGAACACGUUUCUGGAGAACAUUGUCCGGCGGUCCAGUGAUACUAAUUUUGUGUUGGGGAAUGCCCAGAUAGUGGACUGGCCUAUCGUGUACAGCAACGACGGAUUUUGCAAGCUGUCUGGCUAUCACAGGGCGGAAGUGAUGCAAAAAAGCAGUACCUGCAGUUUUAUGUAUGGGGAGCUGACCGAUAAAGACACAAUUGAAAAGGUGCGGCAAACAUUUGAGAACUAUGAGAUGAAUUCCUUUGAAAUUUUGAUGUACAAGAAGAACAGGACGCCUGUGUGGUUCUUUGUGAAAAUUGCUCCAAUUCGAAAUGAACAGGAUAAAGUGGUUUUAUUCCUUUGCACUUUCAGUGACAUAACAGCUUUCAAACAGCCAAUUGAGGAUGAUUCAUGUAAAGGCUGGGGGAAGUUUGCUCGGCUGACCAGAGCUCUGACGAGCAGCAGGGGCGUCCUGCAGCAGCUGGCUCCCAGCGUUCAAAAAGGCGAGAAUGUCCACAAGCACUCCCGCCUGGCUGAGGUUCUACAGCUGGGCUCAGACAUCCUUCCCCAGUACAAGCAGGAGGCCCCAAAGACCCCCCCGCACAUCAUCCUACACUAUUGUGUUUUUAAGACUACGUGGGAUUGGAUCAUCUUGAUUUUAACCUUCUACACAGCCAUCCUGGUUCCUUACAAUGUCUCCUUUAAAACCAGGCAGAACAACGUGGCCUGGCUGGUUGUGGAUAGCAUUGUGGAUGUCAUCUUUUUGGUGGACAUUGUGCUGAAUUUUCAUACUACCUUUGUGGGACCAGCUGGGGAAGUGAUCUCUGACCCCAAACUCAUCCGCAUGAACUACCUGAAGACGUGGUUUGUGAUUGACCUUCUGUCCUGUUUGCCAUAUGAUGUCAUCAACGCUUUUGAGAACGUGGAUGAGGUUAGUGCCUUUAUGGGUGAUCCAGGGAAGAUUGGUUUUGCUGAUCAGAUUCCACCACCCCUGGAGGGGAGAGAGAGUCAGGGCAUCAGCAGCUUGUUUAGCUCACUGAAGGUCGUUCGGCUGCUUCGUCUGGGGCGAGUGGCCCGUAAGCUGGACCACUACAUUGAGUAUGGAGCUGCCGUGCUGGUCUUGCUGGUAUGUGUGUUUGGGCUAGCUGCUCACUGGAUGGCCUGCAUUUGGUACAGCAUCGGGGACUACGAGAUUUUUGAUGAAGACACCAAGACCAUCCGCAACAAUAGCUGGCUCUACCAACUGGCGAUGGACAUUGGCACCCCUUACCAGUUUAACGGGUCUGGCUCAGGGAAGUGGGAAGGUGGUCCCAGCAAGAAUUCUGUCUACAUCUCCUCAUUGUAUUUCACUAUGACCAGUCUUACCAGCGUGGGCUUUGGCAACAUUGCCCCAUCCACAGACAUCGAAAAGAUCUUUGCAGUGGCCAUCAUGAUGAUUGGCUCUCUUCUGUAUGCCACUAUCUUCGGGAACGUGACGACCAUUUUCCAACAGAUGUACGCCAAUACCAACCGGUACCAUGAGAUGCUCAAUAGCGUUCGGGACUUCCUGAAGCUCUACCAGGUGCCAAAGGGCUUGAGUGAGCGAGUCAUGGAUUAUAUUGUUUCCACCUGGUCCAUGUCCAGAGGCAUCGACACAGAGAAGGUUCUGCAGAUCUGUCCCAAGGACAUGAGAGCUGACAUCUGUGUGCACCUGAACCGCAAGGUGUUCAAGGAACACCCAGCUUUCCGGCUGGCCAGCGAUGGCUGCCUGCGGGCACUGGCCAUGGAGUUCCAGACAGUGCACUGCGCCCCGGGGGACCUCAUCUACCACGCAGGAGAGAGUGUUGACAGCCUCUGCUUUGUGGUCUCCGGCUCUCUGGAGGUGAUCCAGGAUGACGAGGUGGUGGCUAUCCUAGGGAAAGGAGACGUGUUUGGAGAUGUGUUCUGGAAGGAAGCCACCCUGGCCCAGUCCUGUGCCAACGUUAGGGCCCUGACCUACUGCGACCUGCAUGUGAUCAAACGGGACGCCUUGCAGAAAGUGCUGGAAUUCUACACGGCCUUUUCCCACUCCUUCUCCAGGAACCUCAUUCUCACCUACAACUUGAGGAAGAGGAUUGUGUUCCGGAAGAUCAGCGAUGUGAAACGUGAGGAGGAAGAGCGCAUGAAACGCAAGAAUGAGGCCCCCCUGAUCUUGCCCCCGGACCACCCUGUCCGGCGACUCUUCCAGAGGUUCCGGCAGCAGAAGGAGGCCCGACUGGCUGCAGAGCGGGGCGGCCGCGACCCCGACGACCUGGACGUGGAGAAGGGCAGCGCCCUCCCGGAGCACGCCUCGGCCAAUCACAGCCUGGCGAAGGCCAGCGUGGUGACCGUGCGUGAGAGCCCCGCCACGCCCGUGGCCUUCCAGGCAACCUCCACAGCUGCAGUGGCAGACCACGGCCGGCUGCACGCGCCUGGGGUUGAGUGCUUGGGUGCCAGGGCCGGCGGCGGAGGAGGCGACUGCGCCAGGCGCAAGGGCUGGGCCCGCUUCAGGGAUGCCUGCGGCAAGACUGAGGACUGGAGCCAGGUGGCCAAGGCCGAGUCCAUGGAGACGCUCCCCGACAGGACCAAGGCGUCCGGAGAGACCACCCUCAAGAAGACGGACUCCUGCGACAGCGGCAUCACCAAGAGCGACCUGCGCCUGGACAACGUUGGCGAGGCCAGGAGCCCCCAGGACCGAAGCCCCAUCUUGGCGGAGGUCAAGCACUCUUUCUACCCCAUCCCUGAGCAGACACUGCAGGCCACGGUCCUGGAGGUGAAGCACGAGCUGAAGGAGGACAUCAAGGCCUUGAACACCAAAAUGACAAAUAUUGAGAAACAGCUCUCUGAGAUACUCAGGAUAUUAACUUCCAGAAGAUCCUCUCAGUCUCCUCAGGAGCUGUUUGAGAUAUCGAGACCCCAGUCCCCAGAAUCAGAAAGAGACAUUUUUGGAGCAAGCUGA